AUGACUCGAGCUACCGUGCCGAACGCCUCGCCGCCCGCAAGUCAAAGGCACCUGGCGCCUAUCACCUGCCAGGUACCUCAUGACGAGACGGCCGCCCAGGAGCGUUCCCCCCUUGCGCGCCAUCCCGCAGUUGUGCGUGCACCCGACACCGACACCGGCACUCUCGCUGCCCUUCCCUUCUUCUCAAACGUCAAAGGCAGCAGCUUCCCCUCCGACCUUUGCCACGGCCUCUAUGCGUCGCGUGUCCCGCGCCUCCGUCGAGCUCUGAAGCAGCCACCCCGGCCAGGUCAAGCUCGAACGGCAGGGUUGAGGUGCAGCAUCGAGCAAGGACCGAAGGGGUCAACUGCCUCGUCAGGCUCGGCCGCAUCGGAGGAGGCCCCGCCCUCAUCGUACGGUCCGUUGAGGCGGCCGUCAGCAGGCCGGAUCUCCCUCGUCGAAUCGACGGCGGGUUGCAGCAGCGGGAGAUUGGCCGCCGACCGCCAUUCACCGUCGUCACCUGCCUCUCCGCAGCAGAGCACUGGCCGUUCCGCGUCGACGCUCGCCGCAAGGGACGACAAAAUGGCCACUCAGUUCAUCGGCCUGCACAUGAGUGUCGUCCUACGGGACCCCUCCGGAUAUCGCCUCACCGGGACCGUUCGGGACGUGGAAGCAGGGAGCAGCCUGACCUUGACGAACGUCUACAUCGAUGCCACCAAGGAACACGCGGCCCAGAUGACGAUCAACGCGGCCAACAUUGCCGACCUGACCGAGGUGCCGCUCGACAAUGUGCUUCCCGCCGCGGCGGCGGCACCCGAGCCGGUUCCCGUCGCCGUCUUCCCGCAGCCUGGACCGCCACAACCCGCGUUUGUUGAUCCGGCCAUUCUCAGCAUGAGCAAGCGGCCAGGUUCGUCGACGCCGACGCCCGCCGGCAUGCAAUAUCAGCUGGGGGAGGGCACCUCGCCCCGCGUGCACGUGACGCGUCCGGAGAAGCUUCCGGAGGAGAGGCGACCGGAGCAGGAUAUCCUCGACUCGAUCAAGGGCCUGACGGUCGGCAGCGGCAACAAGGAAAGUCGGAACGGCAAGGCCGCGGAAACGCGUGACGGGCCGAUGCAGAAGAGGAGAGCGCGAAGUCGCCACGCGAAGCAGUCGAACUCGCAGCCGGGCGAUCGACGAGUGGCCGCCGGCUCACCCGCGGCGGCUGGGUCGCAAAGCGGCUACGGCAAGGGAUGGAGGGAAACACCGAUCCUCGAGAGCACCGCCUCGUUUCAACCCUUCAGUGCUCUGAAGCGCCAGGCCAAGGCCAAGGGCAAAGGAGGCGCCCCGGACAACGGGUGGGCGUCGGAGGAUGUCACCGAGGAGAUGGGCGACUUUGACUUUGAGAACAACUUGGCCAAGUUCGACAAGCGCACCAUCUUUGACCAGAUGCGAAAGGAGGACCCCAUCGACGAAUCGAACCGGCUCGUUUCCCACAACCGCAGGCCCAAGCCAGGAACUGCCGGAGGCAAGAACCUGCAUUACACGGAGAACGUCUUGGAUGCGACGUCGACCAAGGUCCGAGGCGCCGACUUUUGGAACAGCGAGGCCGAUGUUGGGGCCAACGAGGAGGGCAAGCACAGCGGGCGAGAGAACAGAAACGGCCAAGGCGGCGCUCGGCGCGCCGACGGCAAGCCUGUGCCAUCUCGUCGAUCGCAGUCUCGGAAGGCGAGCGCCGCGUUGGGAAGCCAGCCACUGAGCCGCGUCAAUUCUACCGUUCGUAAACCCCUCCUCCCCUUGGGCGUCAAAGAUGAUUCCUGCGUCCUAGACGGACCGGGAGAAGGUCGUGGCCGACGCGAGGCUGACGCGAAGCAGCAUCAAAUGCAACCGCCGGGGCUCUACCUCUCGUCGUCGAAGCGCCGUCUCGAGGCCAUCUCGACGCUGCAGAUGCUCAACCUCGAGAACAUUGCCGCCAACGAACUCGGCUUCAGUGAGAGUCUGAUGGCCGAGAACGCGGGCCGAGGCAUCGCCGAGGUUGCCGUCUCCGCCCUCGACGACCCCGCCAUCAAGGUGCGGUUCGGCCUCGCCGGGGCGGGCCUGUCGGCGGACACGUCGCUCGCCGGUUCCGUCGUCGUCAUCCUCGCCGGCAACAACAAGUCGGGCAUCCGCGCGCUGGCGGCCGGGCGUCACCUCCGCAACAAGAACAUGGACGUGCUCGUCUGCCUCGUCGGCGUGGAGCGCGAGCGGGACCUGCUCGAGGACCUGCGGCGGCAGAUUCAGCUGUACCGAAACUUUGGCGGCAAGGUCCUGGACAAGAACGACUUCUUCGAGCACCUGCGCAAGAGCGCGGCGUCGGGCGCCGCCGUCUCCGUCUCCCUCAUCGUCGACGCCCUGCUGGGCCUGACAAUCUCGUUCGAGGAGCUGCGGGUAGGCGACCAGGCGACGGUGUACGAGCUGAUGGAGUGGGCGAACCGCAACGAGGCCUUUGUGCUCUCGGUGGACGUGCCGACGGGCAUCGACCCGAUGACGGGCAAGGUGGCCAUCAUCGACGGCGGCCAGCUGUACAUCAAACCUCGGUACGUCGUCGCCGUCGGGGCGCCGAAGCGAGGGCUGGUCGAGGCGGUGACGCCGGCGUCGGAAGGCGACAUCGGCUUCGGCAGCACCGCGCACGAGGACCAGUGGCGCCUGUUCCUCGUCGACAUGGGACUCGGCAGCGCCGUGUGGAGGAAGGCGGGGACAAAGGUGCGGCGAGGCAUCGACUUUGACGGCAAGUGGGUGCUCGAGAUGCGCUACCGCGGCGCCGAGAGCGACGACGGACAGGAGAACUGA